CCAAGCAUUCGCUGGCGUCACAGUAGUGAUCAAGAUUUUGUUGGAUUUACAUUCCCAGUUCCCGGUUCCCACCCACUCCGUCAAAGAAUUCGACACUGUUGGCCUUUUUCAUCACUGUGUUAUGUGAAAUUUGAUCUACUGUUUGUAGUGAAUUUGUUGUCGUUUGGAAAGCUUAAAACAGAUCCCUGCUGAGUUUUUCGAUACGUUUGAAGGAUGCCUGCCCAAGCACCCGCAGCCGAAAAUGGUGCACCUCGGACUGAAUUGCAGGAGUUGCAACUCAAAGCUGGACAAAUCACAGAUGAAUCUCUGGAAAGCACGCGACGGAUGCUGGCCCUUUGUGAGGAGAGUAAGGAGGCUGGAAUCCGCACCUUGGUCGCUUUAGAUGACCAGGGAGAACAACUGGACCGAAUCGAAGAUGGCAUGGAUCAAAUCAAUACCGAUAUGAGAGAAGCAGAGAAAAACUUAACGGGUAUGGAGAAAUGCUGCGGACUUUGCGUUUUACCAUGUCAAAAAGGUUCUUCUUUCAAAGAAGAUGAAGGAACAUGGAAAGGCAAUGACGAUGGUAAAGUAGUAAACAAUCAACCACAAAGAAUGAUGGAUGACCGAAAUGGUAUGGGUCCUCAAGGUGGCUACAUUGGAAGAAUCACAAACGAUGCGCGAGAGGACGAAAUGGAAGAAAACGUCGGUCAAGUGAACACAAUGAUAGGUAGCGGUGAGAGCAACGAAACACGCAUUGCAGUGGCCAACCAGCGUGCCAACAAACUCCUCAAGUCCUAAGGGGAGCGGGGAUACAGGUCGCCUUUUAUACUCCUUUCUCAAUUCUCUCGCUGUUAAGGCUUGGUCGUGUAAUAGUUUAAUAUAUUUAUCUAGAUCUCUAUAUAAGUGUAUCGUAUUUUGCCAGACUUAGCAAUACAAAGACAUGGAGCGAUAAUGUUAACUAACCACAAUUGUAGGAAUAUCAUAAGUAAUGACAGCAAGUUGACUAUCUCUUAAGCACUGAUGAUUUUUUAAGUUUUCACAAAAAAAAAACAAUGUAAAAGAAGAAACAAAUUCAAAAUAUCAAUUAUGAACUGAGAAUCCUAUAAGGAAUCGACCUGAUCCAUGCUGUAUCAAUAACAUUAUUAAUUGACAGAUGGUUAAUGGAAAAACAGAUUUUAGUAGACAGACAGAUUAUAUUGAUCAAUAUUCAGAUAUCCAUGAAUCUACUCGUAUAACCAUUUUGUCGUCUCUGUCUCAGAUAGAAUUGAUAUCAAAAAUAUUUUCAACUACAUUUAUGUUAACUUGAUUCUGAAUAGUAUUCUUUUUGUUAUGAUUCAGUAGUUGUCCGAGAUGAUUUUAUAUGCCUUGCUGUCUCUCGUGUGCUAUUAUUGCAAUACUGUGAUCUUUGUAUUUCUGAUCUUGUCUUUAUUGGUCAACUGUCUCUAUUAUAAGGCACUUUCUUUUUCAUACUGUCCCAGUGCUAAAUAAUUUUUGUGAUACAUAAUAUAAAUACACCAGCAAUACCAGCAUUAGUCCUGGUAAUAUAUCUUUAAUGUCUAGUUGGCCAAUAUUGAUAGUUUAUAAUUGGAUACUAUUAAUAGCUGUUGACUAGCAGAAUGAUCUUGUAGAUAUCGAUUGAUAAUUUUUAUGUAGUAUGUAUCUACAUUUGUUUUUGAGGACAAAAAUCCAGAGAAAAGAAGUGAUAUUGUUGAAAAGUUUUGCCUUAGAAAUUGUAUUGCUAAGAAAAAAUACAUUUGUUACUGAAUUGAGUGCCUGAUUUCUUGUUUAAGAGAAUCAUUCUCUGUGUUUGUUGAGGAACCAAUCUUCAUUUAGGUCACAGGUAACUUGAGUAUUUUCUGUUAUACUCUUAAAUAAUUUCAUGGACAGUGUCUAUUUAUUAAUUUUUAGAUAUUCGUUUGGCACAAAACUUGAACAGUUUCGAAUUGUCACUUUUUAUUGUAACUGUGUUACUAUGAAAUGCCUCAUCUUUGGCUGUUACCAGAUUUGGACUGAAAAAGACGUAAAAAACAUUUUUAACAGAAUGAAUUAUUCCUGUAUGUACCUUUGGAAGAUUAGUAUUUGAUACUAUAUUAUCAUAAUCGGUUGAUAUUGAAGGUUUUUCAUUGGAUUUCAUUUAUUGAAUCGAUGUAUAUAAGAUUUGUUUUGCUUGUUAAAAGGUUUCAAAAACUGGUGAUGUAUUAGAAACAUUAUAAAAACAUUGAAGAAGGGUUUUCCCUGUAUUGUAUAUGUUCGAUUUCAAAAAAAUUUAAAUAUAAUCAACAAACGCAGCAAUGUUGAUAAAUUGUUUUGUUCAAGUUUGAAACAGUUUAUGAUGAAGGUGUCUGCACAUAAAAUUAAAAAUAUUUGUUUUCAUGAAAGCUUAAAACUUGUUAAGAGACACCUAAAUAAUUUCGUGCA